AAUAAAAGCAUAAUAAAACAGAAAGAGUGGAGCAGAGGAAAAGAAAAUGGCGGCAUAUCUUCGAAACAGAAACAAUUCGUUACUUCUAACUCGCUUUCUCAACUCACCGAUUCACCUUCGUUCAAGAUGGAUCGAAACCAUAGCCUACGAAGAAUCCCGUGCUCAACCAGACAAACCCUACACUUCUACUGCCGUAAUCAUCCAUGGCUUUUUAGGAUCCAGCAGAAACUGGAGAUCUUUCUCACGCAAUCUCUUAGCAUCUCUCUCCAAUUCCUCUCCAUCUUCCAAUUGGAGGACGGUGUGUAUGGAUAUGAGGAAUCAUGGAAAAUCAACGGAGCAGAAACUUGAUCCGCCGCAUGAUUUGGUUAAUGCGGCGAAAGAUUUGGCGAAUUUGGUGAAAGCUGAAGGUUGGUCUUGGCCCGAGGUUGUUAUUGGUCAUUCCAUGGGUGGAAAAGUGGCUCUGCAGUUUGCUCAUAGUUGUAAAAAUAGUGAUUAUGGUGAUUCUGUACAGUGCCCUAAACAGCUUUGGGUAUUGGAUUCUGUCCCGGGAGAAGUGAACAUUGGAAACAAAAGUGAUGAAGUACGUGAUGUUUUGAUGACUUUGGAAAGUUUACCAUCACAAAUCCCAUCUCGAAAGUGGCUCGUGAGUCAUCUGAUGGGACUUGGUUACUCUAAGACAUUGGCGGAUUGGAUAGGCACCAACCUAAAGAAAGUUGGUGAUCACGAGACAUGGAUAUUUGAUCUUCAAAGUGCUAAGGAGAUGUUCAAUUCUUACUGGGAUAAAUCCUAUUGGAAUCUAUUGGAGAACCCUCCACAAGGUAUGGAAAUAGUAAUUGUGCGUGCUGAAAAGAGUGAUAGAUGGGACCAAGAGGCUAUUGAGAGGAUCCAAAAACUAGCUAGUCAAAAAGGAACCGAUUCUGUCGGAAAGGUUUCCUUCUGUGUUCUUCCAAAUGCCGGUCAUUGGGUUCAUGUGGAUAAUCCAAAGGGACUUCUUGAGAUUGUAGCUUCCAAGAUGGCAUCCCUUUAAUUAUUGUUUUAUUUGAACUAUUGGGGUAUCCAUCAUUGAAAGUUCUUGUGUUCAAGAGUCGAAAUUCUGAACAUUGAGCAGAUGAGGUUGGUCAGUAACAACCUACUAUUUAUAUAAAUUUAUUGGCUACCAAAACAGUUAUAAUCAAUUUACUGUACACAUAGACAUUCUAAUUGUACACUCCUGAUUUAUCAUACCCCCACCUCAUAAUUGAAUAAAUACCCAGAAAUAUUCAUA